AUGGCAGUGAAUGUAUACACACCAGGAUGUCACUUGCUUUGCCAUGACGACGUCAUCGGAAGUCGGCGUGUAAGUUGGAUUCUGUAUCUGCUGGACCCUGACAUUCCUUGGAAGCCAGAGUGGGGAGGCGCAUUGCGAUUGUACCCAACCGAGCACCUCGAGACACCAGACGGCGACAAGGUUAGGGUGCCACAGCCGGACUUUUCGCUAUCGAUACCGCCGGCAUGGAACCAGCUCUCUUUCUUCACCGUUCAGCCUGGCGAGAGUUUCCACGACGUCGAGGAGGUCUACAGGAGAGGGUUGGAAGAGAAGGCAGAAGAAGACGGUGGUCGCGUUCGCAUGGCCAUCAGCGGGUGGUUCCACAUUCCGCAAGAGGGCGAGGAAGGCUACGAAGAGGGUCUCGAAGAGAAGCUGGCAGAGAAGAGCUCGCUUGCUCAACUGCAGGGAGGCAAGGCGGACGUUUUCGACGAGCCGCAAUCACACUGGGUCGACAACCCAGACUGGGAAGAGCAGGCGAAACAGGAGGACGACGAGCUGACUGAGAACGACAUUGAUUUCCUGAUCAAGUUCAUGAACCCAAACUACCUCGUUCCGGACACAGUGGAGGAGCUGUCCAACAUGUUUGGCGACGAGUCGUCGUUGCGACUGGCACAGUUCCUGUCUAAUAAGUUCUCCGCGCGGUUACGGGAGUACCUUGAGUCGAAAGACCACGAGGCGAACCCAAGCCUACCCAACAACCCGCACUCCAAGGAAUCGAUGGUUGGUGUCGCACGACCGCCACACAAGCAGCGCUAUCUCUACCGAAAAGCUAUUCAGCCAAUACCGACUACACCGUACCCCGAGAACGACGGCAUGACACCAUACGAUGACCUCGUCGACAUCCUCUUCCCGCACCCAGCGUUCAUGAAAUGGAUCUCUCUUGUCACCGGUAUCACACUCACCAAGAGCAACAUCUUCGCGCGCCGUUUCCGGCGAGGUCUCGACUACACGCUCGCGACCGCCUACGAGGAAGAAGACCCCCAGCUAGAAGUCUGCCUCGGCAUCACGCCCUCCCGCGGCUGGGGCGACGAAGACGAAGAGCCUGAAGAAGGCGCCGAGGAAGAAACCAAGCAAAACGGCAGCAGCAGCAAAAAGAGCAAAAAGAAGGGCAAGGCAAAAGAACCAGAACCCAAGCCUGAAGAGGAGGUCGGCGGCUACGAAAUGUACAUGGCUGGUGAAGACGAUGCCGAUCACCCCAGCGUUCCCACCGGUGAAGCUUCAACGUCUACGGGUGCAGGUCAACGUCGCAAAGCAAAGGCUGAUCCUGCUAUCUACAAGUCUGCGGCUGAUGACGAGGACGAUGGUAUUUUGUUCAGUCAGCCGGCUGCGUGGAAUAACCUCGCUAUUGUGCUGAGGGACCGGGGUGUGUUGCGGUUUACCAAGUAUGUUAGUAAGAGUGCGAAGGGGGACCGGUGGGAUGUCUGUGCUGAGUAUGGGGUUGAGUUUGGGGAGGACGAAGAUGAUGAGGACGAUGAAUGA